CUCUCUCUCUUGUUCCUAUCUUAUUCUCUCUCUAGUUUAGCAUCACUCUCUCUCUCUCCGUGGGACUCUGAUUUGAAAACCAGAGAAAAGCAUUUGGAUCGCUCUCUUUCUCUCUCUAGAAAUCUGCAUUAUUAAGCUCACUUGCUGGCUACUCUCUCUGUAAAUUUGUCCUCAUCUGUGUGUAUCAUAACACAUUGCAUUUUUGGAUCCUGAGGAUUUUUGGAUGUGUUGGUGAGGGAGAAAUCGAAGGAUCAUCAGAUCGGAGAUGUCGGAUGUUUCGGCCGACGGAGGUUUAUCGGCGUCGUCAACUGAGACGCCUGCGGUUCCGACGCCGUAUCCGUCGCUGACGGUGUCGGCGUCUUACAAGGAGAGCAGUGGAGGCGGCGGAGGGAAAAGCUCGUCGAGGAGGAGACCGGUUAGGCCUAGCUUCGACGCCGCCGCCGACAAUGAGUUCAUCACUCUUCUCCAUGGCUCGGAUCCAGUGAAGGUGGAGCUUAAUCGGCUUGAGAAUGAAGUUAGAGAUAAGGAUCGAGAAUUAGGCGAAGCACACGCCGAGAUCAAAGCUUUGAGGCUAUCUGAGAGGCAAAGAGAGAAAGCUGUUGAAGAGCUUACCGAUGACCUUACAAGGCUGGAGGAGAAGCUCAAGUUAACUGAAUCACUUCUCGAGAGCAAAAAUCUAGAAAUCAAGAAGAUCAAUGAGGAAAAGAAAGCCUCCAUGGCUGCUCAGUUUGCUGCUGAAGCUACCUUGAGAAGGGUCCAUGCUGCUCAAAAAGAUGACGACAUGCCUCCAAUUGAAGCCAUUCUAGCCCCAUUAGAAGCUGAGCUUAAGCUUGCACGCUCCGAGAUUGGGAAACUUCAAGAAGAUAACAGAGCCUUGGAUCGUCUCACUAAAUCGAAAGAAGCGGCUUUACUUGAUGCUGAGAGGACUGUUCAAACUGCCUUGGCAAAAGCUGCUUUAGUUGAUGAUCUUCAAAAUAAGAACCAAGAGUUGAUGAAACAAAUAGAAAUCUGUCAGGAAGAAAACAAAAUUCUAGACAAAAUGCACAGGCAAAAGGUUGCUGAAGUGGAAAAGCUUACUCAGACUGUACGAGAGCUGGAAGAGGCUGUUCUUGCUGGUGGCGCUGCUGCAAAUGCCGUUAGGGAUUAUCAGCGGAAGUUUCAAGAGAUGAACGAAGAACGAAAAACUCUUGACCGGGAACUUGCACGUGCUAAGGUUACAGCAAACAGAGUUGCAACGGUGGUUGCAAAUGAAUGGAAAGACGGCAAUGAUAAAGUGAUGCCGGUGAAGCAAUGGCUUGAAGAAAGAAGGUUUCUACAGGGAGAGAUGCAGCAACUCCGCGAUAAGCUUGCCAUAUCAGAUAGAGCUGCGAAAUCUGAAGCACAGCUAAAAGACAGGUUUCAACUACGACUUAAAGUGCUUGAAGAGACGCUGAGAGGCACAUCAAGCAGCAGUGUAAGGAACACACCUGAGGGAAGAAGCAUGAGUAAUGGACCCUCUCGCAGGCAGUCACUUGGUGGAUCAGAUAAUUUACAAAAGUUUGCAUCAAACGGCUUUUUGUCAAAGAAAUCUCCAUCUUUUCAGAUGAGAAAUUCUUUUACUUCUAAUUCCACCUCGGUAUUGAAGAAUGCUAAAGGAACAUCUAAGUCAUUUGAUGGAGGCACAAGAUCACUGGAUCGAGGCAAAGCACUAUUAAACGGACCUGGGAAUUAUUCAUUUACCAAGGCUUGUGACGACGCGAAAGAGCCAGAGUCACCUGAUGCCUGGAAAGAAACUUCAGAGGAGAAGCCACCAAGCGAACUCCCUGCACCAGCAACUGAAGACAAUGUCCCAGGGGUUUUGUAUGAUUUACUACAAAAGGAAGUAGUAGCCUUGAGAAAAUCUUCUCAUGAAAAGGAUCAAAGCCUCAAAGACAAGGAUGAUGCCAUAGAGAUGCUAGCGAAAAAAGUUGAAACUUUAACAAAGGCAAUGGAGGUUGAAGCGAAGAAGAUGAGAAGGGAGGUAGCUGCUAUGGAGAAAGAGGUCGCUGCAAUGCGUGUGGAUAAAGAUCAGGAUAGUAGAGCUAAAAGGUCAUCACACACGAAGAACUCAUCCAACACCGCCCAGAUUCUUGCUGCAAGAGCUACUGGACGAAGUGGGUUAACGAGGAGCACACAAUGAGAUGAGGGACGAGACUAGUUCUCGUGGUCGUAUCAGUGUUUUUAAAGCUCCUUUUAACCGUUAUAUCUUCUUAUUCACUUGCUUUCUUUACAUCCUCUUUGUGAUUUAUUGUAUUACCAUAGAAACUCAUCAGCAUGCUAUGGUAACAACCACAAAAAGAGAAAAGAAAAAGAAAAAAAGAGAAAGAUGAGUAUGCUUUCUGACUUAGAUUGGCUUACACUGCUUAGCAAUGACGGGGAAAAAUGGGAGGAAGGAGGGGAGAUAUGUUUGACAUUUUGGCAUAACAUUUUCUGUCCUACGGAAAGUAGUUUGUCUGGGCUGUGUAUAGGUUUUUAGCUUUUGCAUUUGGAGUUGUGUUCUUACACUACUUGAGGUGUUGUGUGAUUAUUUCUA